AAAAUGCAUAUAGAUUUAUAUAUUUUUUCUUCACCAGUGUAGAUGCAUAUAUAGAUAUAGUUUUUGUUGUUUUAAUUAUUUUCUUACGUGAGAAAACAAAUAUUUUAUAGCAAAAAGAAAAAAAAAGAACAAAUAUUCUCCGGGUAGAACUAUUUUCAUAUUUUGUUGUGGGUAUAAUUGGUUGGUUAGAAAUAGUCAGCGAGAGGUUUGACUUAACAUUACUGUUCAGAAAGCAAAUGAGUCAUACGCAAGAUCUAUUUUAAGCGCUUUAACUUUCUACGUUAUCCACUAGCCGCCAGUAUCUUUUAAAUCACAAGUAGGUUUUAUUUCGGCAUAUAGUCACGUUUGGCAAUACUUCAUUCAUAUUAAUAUACUUCAAAAUUACACACUAUACAACAAGAUUAAUUACCAGUUCAUCUUGAUUAGGUUUGAAGUUUCAGGCCUCCAUAUAGCUCACUUUCAGAAGAUAAACAUUGAUCACAAUGUGUUAACCAAUUAUACAUUCGAGACUUUAGAGUCACUAAGAAAAUAAUAUGUCUUGCAUCGUUCAAUACAGUGAAUUACUUACUAUACGUAUAUUAGUAUUACUAUCCUAUUAUGUUCGAUCAGUUAUUGGAUAAACAAAUGUAGUUUUGUAUCGGUGUUAGGUAACUCAAUUGGUCAAUACUAGAAUAGAAAGAUAUGCAAGAUUAGUGAAGCGUUUUGACCCCAAAAAAAGGUUAGUGAUCAGCAAAGAAACAAAAAGAGAAGUAAUGGUAUAGACUAGGGUUUUAAAAGCAACAAUAACCACUCAACCAACAUUAAUUUUUUAUUACUUUACAGAUUGAAUAUAAACAUCACUCCCUCUCUGCUUCUCACUUCACAAUAUUUUUACAUAAUUACGCAUAUAUAUUAUAUGCGCCCGUGUGGUUUCAACAGCUGUAUAGACCUUCUCUCUUUGAAACACAACACAAGCCUCUCCCUUUCUCUCUUUCCAGUACUAUGUCGGAGAAACGAAUAAGAAUGGUCGAGAAAAAUAACAACAAGAGGCAGCGAGUAAAACUUGUUCCCGAGUUCUCCAUCAACGACCAUCAAGACGUGCUCGUAGAAAUACUCCGACGACUAGACGGUCCUUCUCUCUGCUCAGCCGCUUGCGUGUGCCGUCUUUGGUCGGCCGUGGCUCGUAAUGACUCAAUAUGGGAAGAGCUCUGUUUCCGACAGGUGUCACCACGACCUUCACUUCCCCUUCGCUCCGUUGUGUCAGCUCUAGGUGGCUACAAACGUCUCUACUUUCUCUGCAUCCGCCCGGUCCUCGCACGACUCCCCAAGAUCAUCUGGAGCCAUGACCAACUUCAGCUGUCAUUAUCCCUUUAUUGUGUCCACUACUACGAGCGCCUUUACGUCGGCGCGUGGCAUGAAGACGCGCCACCCAGCGCGCCACCUUCUUCGCUCAUGUUCCUUAGGAAACCCGUCAACGUCGUCUGAUACGUUCCUGAACGGCCAUUAAUAAUUUAUUUUAGUUUCCAAGAUUGUAUUCUUUAUCAUAUUAUUAUUGAUUCCCAUUUGUUACAGUUCACGAAAUUUCAUGAUUUCAUUACAAGAUUAUUAUUAGUAAACGUUGGAUCUUUUUUGUCA